UCCAGUUUUGCUCCAGCCCUAUCGCAAACUAAAGUAUAUUUUAGCAGCGUUUGCGGAAUUUUUUGCAUUUCAGUUACUCCAAGUGUGAAUAAGAGCACGGUCGCUGUUAUAGUGUCUUGCAAAGCAGUGAAUUAAAAAAGUUUAAUAAUCCAAAUCGAGAAUCCCAAAUUUGUGUAGACGUAGCAACAACAGUAAAACGCGCUGGCCGGAAAAGACGCUGCUGAUUCACCGCACACCGGUGCACUUAAAUUCACCACAGCCUUAAUAAUUCUUACGGCAUUUCCGUGCUCAAUGGUGAAUGGUCGCACUGAAACUAUUCUUUGAAAAUAACGGAGUAAACAUUCAGUCUCAGAUUCUGAGAACUUGUUGACAGUGUAGCUGUUCAAUUGUUUUCAUGGCGAGUUCUCGGAGUAUUUUUUGUUAGACAACGCACGAUCAUGGCAUGGGUUCCCAAUUCGCAGUUCGAGGAUGAUCUGGUCGACAUGGAGCCGGAUUUCAAUUUUGUCCAUGGUCAACUGGCCUACGACAUGAAGAAGCAAGGGGAGUUUUGGCCGCGACCGAAAUGCACAUAUGAAUAUCUGAAGUCCCGGGAAAAGAGGAAUUCCGAGCUCGAAAAUAUCCAUGGAAGCAGAGGCGGAACUGGUCGUGAUAUUCGGCAAAGCCUUCAGCUAAUGGAGAACAUACAGAAGAUAGCAGGCACAAGGCCGCUGGGCGAGCACGCCACUAUGAAAGAUUGGGAGGAUGAAAGCACAAAUGAGCUAGAGGCGUUAGCCAUGAUGCGUCACUUCGGAAUGAUGUCCAUGGCAACAGAUUCGCUGCCCGUUCUGCCCGAAGUAAAACCACCAGAAGGACCCAUUAAAAUUAUAAGAAACGGACGGAAACAAUUUCCCCUCAUCACAGACCCCGAAUUUUUUAAACCACGCAAGAUUCCCCGAACGAAGAAUUCCAGUUCCAGUAGUUCGUAUCAUACUGCCAAUAGUUCAAUCAGUUCCUUCAGCCUUUAUGAAUCUGCCGCUUCAGAUUUGGACAGCAGCAAGAAGCAGGGCGAGAUCAAGGCGUCAAAGUCGGAGAAAUACCUCGAAGUACCUUACAAACAGCUUGCGGAGAGUUACGACCAGGAAGUGGAAUCACCAGUCCAAUUUGGAAACCAAUUCAAUGAAUGAAGGAGGAACCAACGGGGAAUGCAAUUAUUAGAACCAAAAAAUCAAUCACUUUUUAUAUAUAAGCUUCUGUAACAUGUAAAUAAACGGCUUAAACGUCGUUUAGAAAACCGAAUUUAUAUUGGAUGCAGUUCUACAAAUAGAAAGAAAAAUACUUGAUAUCAUAGGGUAAACAAAAUAUUUAUCUAUUUUAAUAAAUUAAAUGCGAAAGG